UUAAGGAAAGACACCUCUUCAUCUUGCGAUUCUCAAUGGCAAUAGCCAUUUAAAGGUGGUGGAAAAAAUUAUGUCAGACUGCCCAGAUUGUUGCGACCUGACUGACAAUAGAGGCGGGAAUGUUCUCCAUUUUGCUGUGGAAAGCGGCAGUUUUAAAGGAAUGCGACUUAUUACUGAAAAACCUUCCCUGGCCAACCUAAUCAAUCAGAAAGAUAAAAAAGGGAACACUCCAGUCCAUCUAGUCGCUGCUCUUGGCUUUGAAGAUUGUUGUCUUACAGAACACCACCUAGUAGAUAAAAAGGCCGUCAAUAAUAAGAAUUUAACCGCUCUGGACGUGGUGCUAGAAACGAAGCAUAAAAGCAAAUUGCCAUUACCGGGAUUGACAGCAAGAUUCUUAAAGAACGCUGGAUAUAAACGAGGUCGGCCUGUAAUCCGGCUGAAAUCACCUGAUAGCAUGUCAAUAGUUGACAAUGAGCUAAUCCGUGUAUUCGAGGAAACAAGUAAAUCCCAUCAGAUAGUAGCCACUCUCAUAGCAACAGUAACUUUUGCUGCAGGUUUCACCGUGCCUGGCGGUUAUAGUGGUAUCGAUGGCCCUGACGAAGGAACAGCAAUUUUAACCAGAAGAUUAGCCUUCAAAACUUUCCUUGUAACCGAUACCCUUGCGUUGGCCCUCUCCAUAUCUGUUGUGCUUAUCCACUUCUUAUUGGCAUUGCAACCAACCAACAGAAAGAUCUUUUUUCUGUUCACUUGGGCAUUUAUUUUCACUGUUGUUGCUAUGGAAUUAAUGAUGGUGGCGUUCAUGACAGGUGUGUAUGCAGUGAUGCCACAUUCCUCAUCAGGUCUUGCGGCUACCAUUUGUGUCAUCGGAAGUUGUUUUGCCUUAUUGUGUAUCUACCUACUCAAGUUUUGUUUGUGUGAUUAA